AUGGGAAAGCCUACAAAGUGGUUAAAGAAUGUUCUGCUUGGAAAAAAAACAUCUAAACCUAGUGGUUCCAAAGAAAAGGAGAGAGUUGUGAGUGGAAGAGAGGUGCUUGUUACUGCGAAGGUGGAAGAAUCUGAUGUUAUAUCAGAUCUUCCAUCUUUUGCCAAUGCAGCAACCGAUACCGUUGAUAGAAGCAGUGGUGUGUUAGAGAAACAAAAUGUAGAACUUGAAGAGAUCUCAGAUGAUGAAACACAGCUUCCUGAGGAAAAACCAACAGAUUUCCAAAACGCUGCACCUGUUCAAGAUAGUUCACUAUCUGAUGCAGAGAGAAUCCAACAAGAGAUUGCAGCAACCUCUGUGCAGGCUGCGUUUAGAGGUUACUUGGCUCGGCGUGCGUUUUGGGCACUCAAAGGCAUAAUAAGGCUACAAGCACUGAUCCGUGGUCACCUGGUGAGGAGGCAAGCUGUUGCAACUCUUUUCUGUGUCAUGGGAAUUGUCAAACUGCAAGCGCUUGCUCGAGGAAAAGAGAUCAGAAACUCUGACAUUGGAGUUCAAGUUCACAGGAGUUGCAGAUUGGAGCUGCUUCAGAACAAUCUUGGCAACUCUGCCGAUACAGAUGCUUAUCUUGGAAUCAAGAAACUAACAGCUAACGCUUUUGCUCAGAAGCUUCUCGCUUCAUCGCCACGAGUGUUACCUGUACAUGCUCCCUAUGAUGCAUCAAAUUCAAACUCAAACUCAGUCUGGUUAGAGAACUGGUCAGCGUCCUGCUUCUGGAAACCAAUGCCUCAACCAAAGAAAACUACUGGGAGAAAACAGCUGAACAAACUUGCCAAUAAUGCUCAGGUAGUUGAGGCUGAAUCUCCUAAACCGAAUAAGAGUGUGCGUAAAGUUCCUGCUGCAAAUCUCGAGAGUUCCUCAGUGCAGAAAUGUUUUGAGUUUGAGAAGCAGAAACGCAGCUUCAGGAAAGUUUCAAUCAAGUCAAUAGAACCACCUGCUGUUGAAAACCCUCAGAUUGAGCUUGAAAAAGUGAAACGUAGCUUGAGGAAAGUACAUAAUCCUGUAGUUGAGAGCUCUAUCCAACCUCAACCAGUAGUCCCUCACAUGGAAGUUGAGAAGCCAAAUCUUGGCAGAGAGAAGACAACUGAAGAACCUGUGAAUGUCUUUGAAGAAAAGCAAGAACUGCCAAAACAGGUACAUGUUCCUGAGGUGGAAGUACACACUCCAGGACCAUUGGAAACCAAUGAAGCACUUGAUUCAUCAAUGGUCAACCUAAUUGACAGCAACGAAGACGCCAUGGAUGAAGAAAAACCUUCAAUGGAAAAAGAUGCAAAGGAAGAUGUAACUCCCAAACCAAACAAGAAAGAGAAUUCAGCUGGGAAGGAGAACCAGAAGUCCAAGAAAAAGAGCUCAGCUACUAAGAAGACCGAGCGUGAGGAGAGCAAUGGACAUCAUCAUCAGACUAGCCCAUCGAUUCCAAGCUAUAUGCAAGCGACUAAAUCGGCGAAAGCAAAGCUGAGGCUGCAUGGCUCACCAAAGUCUCCUGAGCAAGAAGGGACUGAGAAAGCCACUGUUCCUAGACGCCACUCUCUACCAUCUUCAGGUAAUGGCAAGAUCACCUCUCAGUCUCCAAGAACAACGAGACACUCAAACUCAGGUGGCAAAACCGGGAAUAAGAAGGAGAAGCCUCUUCUGUCUUCCCGAGAAGGAAACGCAAAGACAACUCCGGUGGAGAAGAAGAGGUGA